AUGACACACUCCUCUGUAUCACAGAAGUACAACCUAGCGGUUGUUUCCGGGGGCAAGCCGAUGUUGCCAAGAGCCCAUAGAGACUCUACUAGUUGCAACAAGAAUAUUUCCAUUUUAACGGAUGAUAGGAAGUAUUUCAUCGUUCCAUUCAAUAAUCAGAUUAAGAUUUACUCUGUCGAGACCAGACAAUGCACAAAAACCCUCAAGUUCAGUAACAACCCACUUUUGGCCCGCGUUUUCCAGGAUAAUAAAGACGUUUUCGUCGUCAAUAUCUUACUCGGUGAUAUCACUGCUACUUCUCACGAGGAAGACAGGUUGAUUACUCUUGUAACUAAUGCUGGUCAUAUCAUCGUCCUCAAUUAUAAGGGUAAGAUGGUUGAAAAUCCCAAGGUUCUGCAACUAAACCAUUCAGACGUCUCCAAGAUUUUCUUCGAUAAUGAUAUCAAAUUUUUAACCACGAAGACAACCAGUAACUCCUUACAGUAUUAUACGUUCCAUUCCCUUCGUUUCCAAGAGGAUGAUAAGGUAACCACCACGGAGGAAAAAUCAUUUGAAAACGUCAUUCUUUCGAGUUGGUCAUCAAAUAACAAAUUCAUCUCCAUAUUACUCAAAGAAAAUAAUGAAAAGCAUGUUAUCGUCUAUUCUAUCUCUGAACAAACCGUUCGUUUCCAAUUCCCACUGGCUACAAUCAACACAUCGGCAAGUUUUUCUAAUUUUGUCACAUCCAUGGCUAUUGAUAACACUUGUACCCAAUUAGCCCUCGGUUUCGCUUCCGGUGUCGUCACCGUCACUAAUUUAAUUGAUAUGAAACCGAGACUAUUGAAAUGGCAUAUCGACGCCGUGCUGUCUUUGAAUUUCAAUGCUGAUGGUACUUACUUACUCUCAGGUGGUUGGGAAAAAGUCUUAAGUUUCUGGCAAUUAUCAACAAAUUUACAACAUUUCUUACCACGUUUGAAUGGUGUCAUCAUCGAUAUUCAAGUACUGGAAAAUUUCUAUUCUUUAUCUUUACAAAUGAUGGAAAAUGAUUCCAAUUCAGAUUAUCAAUUGGUCUUAUUGAAUUCUGCAGAUUUAAUUUCAAAUUUAUCUAUUGUGGGGCCACUACCAGUUUUCAACUCCAUCAUCCAAAUUACAAAUUCACAACCUUACUCUUCAAUAAAUUCAACUUCAUCAAUCAACACAUCAUUCAAGAAACAAAAGAGGAAAUUGAUGAGGUUGAAAAAGAAAGAUUUCACCACUUGUAUCGAAAUUAAUCCAGUAACUAAACAAUUAUACAUUCCACAUGGUUCAAAUUUACAAACUUUUGAUUUCUACAAGAAUGAAUCUGUCAAUUUACAAUAUUUAACAAAUAGUAUCAAUACUUUUAUGGGUAAAGUUAAGAGUGAAUUAAAUAUCAAGGAUCCAAAGAUUUUAAAUUUGAAACUUUCAAAAGAUGGUACCUCUUUAAUUACUUAUGAAAUCGAAUUCGCUCCUGCAGAUUUACUUUCAUCUGAUGAUAUAAUACAUCUUCUAAAAUUUUGGCAAUUCAAUUCGAAUUCAGAUCAAUGGGAAUUGGUUACCAAAGUUCUCAACCCACAUGGUCAAAAUGUUCCAAUUACAAAUAUGAUCGUCUCAAAAGAUGGUUGUUUAACUGCAGAUAAUAACGGUGGUAUCAAGUACUGGGUCUACGAUGUUAAGGAAAGUAAUUGGUGUUUAAAGAAAAUUUUGAUUAAUAAUUUCAAUCAUUUUACAAAUUCUGUCUCAAUGGCAAGUUCCAAAGAUGGUAGUUUACUUUUCCAUGGAUUUGAUGAUAAAUUACAAAUUAUAGAUUUUGAAACGUUUAGAAAAUUGGAAAAUACCAAUGUUGAUGAUAACGACGAUGAUUUUGUUAAUGAAUUCACAUUUGAUUCUGAAAUCCAAACAAUCAAAUUAAUUGGUGAAACAAGUUUAUUAGUGGCCACUAAAGCCACUUUGAAUGUGAUCGAUCUUCUGUUGGGUAAAAUCAUCAACAGUUUCGACAUAUAUCCAUACGUCAACGGCAUAUAUAAGAAUGGUAACCUGGAAAGAUUGAUUACCUGCGAUGAAACAAACGGUAAAAUUGCCAUUGUCAUCAACAAACAAUCAAAGGAUAAAGCUACCAGUUUCAAAUCUCAUGUUCUAGUUUUCAACUCUAAUCUAUCCAAGAAACUGGGAAGUUUCACUCAUGACGAAUACAUUGCCUGGAUUGGAUGGAAUUAUGACACAGAUUUCAUCUUCCUCGAUAUAGAAUCAAGACUCGGUGUCAUUGGCACCACCGUUACCAACGAGAUAAUGCUCGAUGAAUCGAACAAGGAGGGCAUAUUGGACGGCCUAACGACGGAAAACGAUCAUGCUGACAAGAACAGUUACUUGGAAGAAUUACGAAAAUUGUCCAUCAGGAAAACCAACAUCAUGAAGGGCCUGAAAAACGACAAUGAAGACGUGGAGGAAAUCCUGGACGGCGAGACCAUCCAGAACUCCAUCCAUACUAAGAUAAACAUGAACAGUUUCACAAACAUGUUCGAUAACCUCCAAAACAUCGAAAUGGAAACAUUAUUCGACAGCGUACUCAAAACACUCUCUUAG